AUGGCUCGGUUAGAUGUUGCUGAAACCUUUUAUAAUAUCAAGUUUCCAGGGCACAUGCACACCCAGGACUCUCUGAAUUAUGCUGCCAACUUCAAGUUUCAGGACACAGAUACUGUAAUUGUCACCUACCCAAAAUCAGGAACCACGUGGAUGCAGGAAAUCAUCAUAAUGGUUUUGAAUAAAGGAGACCCAACUAUAGCUUGUUCUCAGCCCAACUGGUUGCGUGCCCCUUGGCUUGAGCAGUACUUCUUCUGUCAACUUCUGCAAGCGUCCACAGGACCCCGAAUCAUAACCACACACCUGCCCUACCACAUACUGGCGCCGGCACUACGAGACUCCAAAGCAAAGGUUGUCUAUGUGGCCAGAAAUCCCAAAGACGUGGCUGUGUCCUAUUAUCACUUUCACAAGAUGGCAAACUUUCUGCCCGACCCGGGCACAUUCUCUGAGUUUCUGAGUGACUUUCUGGAGGGUACAGUGCAUUACGGCUCUUGGUUUGAUCACGUGAAGGGCUGGACCGAUCACGCACAGAAUUUUCAGAAGUUUCUUUAUAUCACAUAUGAGGAAAUGUGUCAGGAUCUUUAUGGGUCUCUUGAGAAGGUGAGCCGUUUCCUGCAGUGCACUUUAACCGAGGAAGAGCUGAAAAUUUCUCAAAAACACUGUAGUUUCAAUUCCAUGGAGGAGAACAUCAUGGUGAACUACACACUCAUCCCACAAGAGAUCAUGGACCACAGCAAGGGCAAGUUCAUGAGGAAAGGUAAAAUUGGAGACUGGAAGAACAUGUUCACUGAGGAACAGAGUGACGUAUUUGAUGCUGUGUACUCCGCUCAGAUGGCAGAUUCCUCACAGCUGUUUAAAUUGGAAUACUUUGAGAGUACUCCAAAACCAAUGAUCACCAUCAGUACUCCAGCGUCAAGUUCUCUCAGAAAUGAUUCUACUCAGUAA